CGCGAACCAAUAAACCCACCAAUUGACCAGGAGACUCCGACUCCGGUGCCUAAACAAGGAGCAAAUUGCGGUUACAGUAAUCCAUUUAUUGUGUCCACACUACUGCACUGCACUGUACUGUACAUUUGCAUUUUCACAGGGCUGGAUUUCCCAACCCCACAGUCCUUUCCCCUUUCCCCUCGUUGCGUCUCCAAUCAUCUCUCUUUUUUUGAUCUCAUCUCUCGACUUUUUCUUUACCGUCCUUUCCAGCCUGUCCGCCCGACUACUCAUCCCUCGCCUCAGUUUCAGUACGGAAUAGAUAUCCCCUCAAACAAACCCCAAUUGAGAACAGAGCGACUCUAUAAUUCUGCUUGACUACGCCGCCCACUGCCGGAGCAAGAUGUCUUGGCUCGCGGGGCAGGACAAGCACGGCCACGAGGAAAGCGAUAAUCUCGGUGUGGACUGGGUGCUACAAUACGAAUUCGAAGAAAUUGAUCAGGGACAGGCUAUUUCCGAAUUUCGCACACUCGUCCAUGAUCUGACCGAAGCUGGACUUCGCGUGCAGGUCCGCCAUGGCCACGGCUCGGCCCUGCUAGUGUGUAUUCGUGUUCCCCGAGACCAUCUAGGGAAGAUGGUACACCAAUCCAGGAUAAAAGAUUGGCUGUUUGGCAUAACACACACCCUCCCGGAAGGUGACGAUAAUACAGUCGCCGCUGCUGAUACGCGUUCGGAGGAGAUUCGCUCUGUUUAUCACGCCGUUACUUGGAAAAAAGAGCUUGGUGGCGCUGGAAUUACGCCUCGGUUUGGGAAGUGGAAGAAUAUCACCGCUUCGUUCCCAUUGCAUGAUCGGGAUGCGUGCUCGGAGUUGCUAAGGAAAUGGAAUCGGAAGACUCAUUUGACCGUCGAGGAUUUGGAUACCAUUCGGGCGUUGUUUGGAGAAAAGGUUGCGUUCUAUUUCGCUUUCAUCCAUUGCUACUCGCUGUUCCUGGUAUUUCCAGCCGCCCUAGGAAUCGUGGGAUGGUGGUUCCUCGGCCCGUACUCGAUCAUCUACGGCAGCGCGUUAUGUGUCUGGUGCAUCGUUUUCGUGGAGUUCUGGAAGAUCCGUGAAGUUGACUUGAGUCUGCGGUGGAAUGUCAAGGGUGUGGGCAAUUUAAAGGUCAAUCGCACGCAGUAUCAAUGGGAGAAAGAAGUGAAAGAUCCAGUUUCGGGCCAAGUUACGCACACAUUUCCCGGCUGGAAACAGUUCCUGCGACAGAUUUUGCUGGUGCCAUUUGCGAGCGUCGCUAGUGUGGCUCUGGGAACUUUGAUCGUGGUCACAUUUGCCAGCGAGGUGUUCAUCUCAGAGGUAUACAAUGGCCCGCUAAAAGGAUACUUGGAAUUUGUACCGACGAUUCUAUUCUCGCUCUCGCUUCCUGCCAUUACUUCGUUCCUCACGGGUAUGGCCAAUCGGUUGACCGAGUAUGAGAACUACCGCACGCAGGAUCUGUACGAUCUCGCCCAGACGCAAAAAACCUUCGUCAUGCACUUCAUCACCUCUUUCCUACCGACAAUCCUCACAGCGUACGUAUACGUCCCAUUCGGACAUGCGAUCGUCCCACAUCUGGAUAUUCUGCGACGAGUCGGGAUCAAUAUGGCCAGCCUCAAGGACUUCGAAGUAGAUACCUCCCGAUUCCAGGCCGAAGUCAUCUACCUCUCUAUGACAGCGCAGGUCUUCAGCUUCGCGGAAGAGAUCGUGCUACCUUACGUCAAGCACGUCCUCUGGCAAAAAUUGCGCGAGUACCGCGAGCGUAAAGCAGGACUUACCCGCCAACGCAGCUUCUCCAAAGCAACCGACCUUCUCCUCAUCGACGCAGCCGAAGAAGCCUCUUUCCUAAAACGUGUUCGCAGCGAAGCCGACGCAGACGAGUACAAAGUCGAAGAAGACAUCCUCGAAAUGUGCGUACAGCUCGGCUACCUCGCUCUCUUUGGCGUCGCCUGGCCGCUCGUCCCGGUCGGUUUCUUGCUGAACAACUGGCUUGAGGUGCGAGGUGAUUUCUUCAAACUCACGCUAGAAUGCCAGCGUCCGCCGCCUAUCCGCGCGGACUCGAUCGGGCCCUCUCUACUUGGCCUAGAUUUUCUCGCAUGGCUGGGAACACUCUCCACGGCGGCAAUUGUCCAUCUCUACCGAGGCUCCAUGUCCGAAGUCCGCCUCUCCCGACUGCUCCUGACAGUCUUCAUCGCCGAACAAGUCUACCUAGGCAUCCGCUUCACCGCAUCAACAGCCCUCCAAAAGAUCUUCAACGACACCGUCCGCCGCGAAGAAGCCAGCCGAUACGCCGUGCGAAAGAAAUUCCUAGAAGCCCACCAGUCACGACACCGUUCACCUGAUUCACCGUCCCGGGUACGACAGCGUGUGCGAUUCAACGAACGGGUGAACGUGUACAACAGUGACACCACGUCGGCGGAUGGAUCCCCCUCGCCGACGACGAGUGAACAGCCGCAGGAUGAGAUAUUAAAGGGAUCGGAUCGUGAGGCUGAGUUCUGGGAGGCGAAGUCGUGCGAUAUGGCGGAUGCGGGCGUCAAGCUGAUUCGUGCUUUGAGUGCGGGGAGGACUUGCAAUGAAGGUAAAGGUUUUAAACGUGCAUAGUGGUGCCGAGAUAGCUGUUAUUUCUUGACUCUUUUAUCAUUUAGAGCCGAGCUUUGGG